AUGUUGUCGACUUUAAAUCAUGGCCGCUCUCUUGCGGUAACUGCUCGUAGUCUUGCUAUACCCGCCCAGGCUGGUGCCAUUACUGGUAGCUCGAGGCAUUUUGCUGGGAAGGCUUCCCCCAGUGGCGGUCAGUGGCAGACCAUGGAUGGUUGCACUGCUGUGUGCCAUGUGUCCUAUGCUAUGAUGGAUACCGCCUACAUCUACCCCAUUACGCCCUCGUCCCCUGCUGCCGAGCUCGCUGAGCAGUGGUCAGCGCUCGGUGUUAAGAAUGCUUUUGGUGAUGUUCCCAAGAUCACUCAGAUGCAGUCCGAAGCUGGUGCUGCCGGUGCCCUUCACGGUGCUUUGGCUGCUGGUUCGUUGGCGACUACUUAUACUGCCAGUCAAGGUCUCCUCCUUAUGGUUCCCAACAUGUACAAAAUAGCUGGUGAACUUCUCCCUUGCGUUAUGCAUGUGGCCGCACGUGCUGUUGCUGGUCAGGCCUUAUCCAUUUUUGGUGACCAUCAGGAUGUCAUGGCUGUUCGUCAGACCGGUUUCGCCAUGAUUGAUGCCGAUACUGUCCAGGAGUGCCAUGAUAUGGCUCUCGUAUCUCACUUGGCUACUCUCAGAGCUAGAGUGCCAUUCGUUAGUUUCUUUGAUGGUUUCCGCUUGUCCCAUUGCAUUGAGAAGGUUGAUACUCUGCCCUACAAUCAAAUGAGAAGGAUGAUUGAUAGGAAGGCACUAAAUGCUCAUCGUGCUAGAGCCCUCAACCCCACUCGCCCUUAUGUCCGUGGCACUAACGAGAACCCUGAUGUUUACUUCCAACAGUUUGAGGCUUCUAACGCUUUCUACGACAAGACGCCUGAGAUCGUUAAGGAGGAGAUGGAUCGUGUUGGCGCUGUUACUGGUCGUCAUUACGAUCUCUUCCAGUGGACUGGCCCGAAAGAUGCUGAGGCUGCAAUUGUCAUCCUGGGUUCUGGUGCUAGUGUUAUCGAAGAGUCCCUACCAUUCGUCAACUCGCAAGGCAAGAAGGUCGGUGUAUUGAAGCCCCGUCUUUAUCGUCCUUGGUCUGCUGAAGACUUCCUCAAGGCGUUGCCCCAGUCUGUUAAGCGCAUUGCCGUCCUUGAUAGGACUAAGGAGCCUGGUUCCCUUGGAGAGCCUCUUUACUUGGAUGUUGCCAGUACUAUUCAGGAGUCUAACCGCUCAAACAUCAAGGUGAUCGGUGGCCGUUGGGGUCUCGGACAGAAGGAGUUCACUCCCAAGUGUGUUGCCGCUGUUGCUGACAAUCUUUAUGCUCAAUACCCCAAGGAUCACUUCUCUGUGGGGAUCGAGGAUGAUGUGACUCACAGGUCUCUUCCUCUUACUGAUGAGAUCAACGUGUCUCACCCUAAGACCGUUGAGUGCCUCAUCUACGGCUAUGGUUCAGAUGGUACUGUUGGUGCCAACAAGAACGCCACCAAGAUCAUUGGUGAUAACACCGACCUCUAUGUCCAGGCAUACUUCGCUUAUGGUUCACAGAAGGCUGGUGGUUUGACUAUGUCUCAUCUGAGGUUUGGUCCUGAGCCUAUCAAGUCCUAUUAUUCCGUCAACAAGGCUGAUUAUGUCGGAUGCCAUAACCCCACCUACUUGGACAUGUAUCGUAUGACCGAACAUCUCAAGGACAAUGGUACCUUCUGCUUGAACUCACCUUUCACUACGGUGGAAGAGUGGAACAAGCACGUCCCCGCUGGUGUUCGUAAGUCCCUCGCUGAUAAGAAUGCUAAGGUCUUCAACGUCGAUGCCUUCAAGGUUGCUCAGGAGUGCGGUAUGGGCCGUAUGAUCAAUGUUGUUAUGCAGUCCGCUUUCUUCAAGCUGGCUAACGUGAUGGACUUCAAGGAGUGCAUUGGUUUGUACAAGAAUACCAUUAGGAAGAGUUAUGGUCAUCGUGGUGAGGCUGUUGUCCAGAAGAACUACGAGAUGAUUGACAAGGCUCUUGAUGCAAUCACUGAGAUCAAGGUUCCCGCUGAGUGGAAGAAUCUUUCGGACAGUAUGCUCCAUUAUGAGCAAACCUACCAUAACGCUCUUGGUAACUUGGCUAAGGAUAAGAGUGCUAUCAACAAGCCGAGCUUUACUCAGAGUAUUCAGGGUCCUAUUGCUCUUCUCCAAGGUGAUGAUAUUCCGGUUAGUGCUUUCGCCAAUGAUGAGCUUGUUGGCGGUAAGGUCCCUCUUGGAACCGCUAAGGUCGAGAAGCGUGGCGUUGCUCUGAUGAUCCCUAUUGUGGAUAUGGACAAGUGCACUCACUGCAAUAUCUGCGCUAUGUCGUGCCCUCAUGCUUGCAUCAGACCCUUCUUGUUGUCUCAAGCUGAGGAUGAUGCCAAGCCGAGCACUUUCGAUACUCGCAAGGCCAAGGGUGGUGCCGAGGUUGCCGGUCUUCAUUACAGGAUUCAGGUCUCUCCCUUGGAUUGCACUGGCUGUGAAGUCUGCGUCAACGCCUGCCCUGACGAUGCUCUGAGAAUGGAGCAUUUGAGUGAUUUCAAGGAGGCCGAGUCUCAGAACUGGGAGUAUGCUGUGAGCCUUCCCGAUCGCUCCUCGAGGUUCGAUAAUACCACCCUCAAGGGUAGUCAGUUCUAUCAGCCUCUGCUAGAGUUCCACGGUGCCUGCGCUGGUUGUGGUGAAACUCCUUAUGUUCGCCUUCUUACCCAAAUGUUCGGUGACCGCAUGAUGAUUGCUAACGCCACUGGUUGCUCUAGUAUCUGGGGUGCUCCUUACGGCUCUACUCCUUUCGCCGCGAGGCGUGAUGGUACUGGUCCUGCCUGGGCUAACAGUCUGUUCGAAGAUGCUGCCGAGUACGGUAUGGGUAUGGCUGUGACCACUGCCGUUCGCCGUAAGGCUCUUAAGGUCCGUGUUCAGGAGAUGCUCCUCGAGGGCAGGGAUACUCCUCUCUCGCCUGAGUUGUACACUCAGUUGAACGAGUGGGUUGAGAACUUCAGGAAUCCUGCGGUUUGCGCCGCUCUUUCCAAGUCCCUUCCACCUCUUCUGAAGGCUGAGGCUAGCAAGGAUCCUGCUAUUCAGGAUAUCUUGGACGUGUCCGACUUGCUCCCUAAGAUCUCUAACUGGAUCAUCGGUGGUGAUGGUUGGGGUUAUGAUAUCGGCUACGGUGGACUCGAUCACGUCAUUGCUUCCGGUCAGGAUUUGAACGUUCUGGUUUUGGAUACUGAGGCCUACUCCAACACUGGUGGUCAGAAGUCCAAGGCUACUCCCAUUGGUGCUGUUGCCAAGUUCGCUACUAUGGGUCACGAUGUCGAGAAGAAGAACUUGGCGGAGAUGGCCAUGGACUAUGGUACUGUGUACGUCGCCAGUGUUUCCAUGGGCGCCAACUAUCAGCAGACCUUGAAGGCUUUCUCUGAGGCUGAGGAUUACGAUGGUUGUUCUGUUAUCGUCGCCUAUUCUCCCUGCAUUGAGCAUAAGAAUCUUGAUGGUAUGACUCACACUAUGCAGCAUCAGGCAACCGUUGCUGCUUCUGGCUACUUCCCGCUAUACCGUUACAACCCGAUGUUAAAGAGGUUGGGCAAGAACCCCUUCGUUCUUGAUACUAAGAGGCUUACUAAGAAUGUGGAUGCCGUUAUCAGCAACGAGAUGCGUUUCGGUGCUUUGAAGAAGCGUGAUGCUGAUUUGUACAAGCAGUACAGUUCUCAGCUUGACGCUUGGGUCCGUGAACGUUACAGCAAGUACCAAAGGUGGGCUGCCUUGGGUCAGGAUAGUAACAUCUCUGAUGGUGUGCCGCUGACUCUUCUAUAUGGUACCGAGACCGGUACUGCCGAGGCCUUGUCUUAUCGUGUUGCUGAGUUGGCCCGUCAGCGUGGUUAUGCUGUGAAGGUGAUGCAGUGUGAUGAGAUGGACGUCAGCGAACUCCCUGAAAACAAGAACCUUAUGGUCCUCUGCUCUACCACUGGCGAGGGUACCACUCCUAGGACUGCUCUUGACUUCACUUCGCAAUUGCAAUCUGCUGUUAAGGACAACUCCAAUGCUCAUUUGUUGGACGGUGUCCAAUACAGCGUCUUCGCCUUGGGUGAUUCAAGUUAUCAUCACUUCUGCACUGCUGGCAAGAGAAUCGACGAUCUGUUCGCUCAGUUGGGCGGUGAGAGAACUGUUGCUAUCGGUCUUGGUAACGAUCAGGAUGAUGACAAGUAUGAGACUGCCUUCGAGGAUUGGAUGCCGAGUUACUGGAAGUCUGUGAAUGCUCCUGAGCCUGUUGAUGACGGAUCCAUUCCCGACUCUCAGUUCGAGGUCCGUGAGCUCGACUCUGACGAAGCCGUGGUUGCUCCUUACGAGAGGAUCAUGCCUCCUCAAACUAUUCAGCUUGGUUUGACGAAGAACGAUCGUCUUACCCCCAGCGACUACGAGAGGGAUAUUCGUCAUUUGCGCUUCGAAUUGGAGGAUGGUCAGGAUCUUCCCUACCUUCUUGGUGAUGUCCUCAACAUCCACCCCAUGAACGAAGCUGGCAGAGUUAGUGCCUUCCUUCAGUCUUAUGGUCUCAACCCCACGGAGAUGGUCAAGAUCACCCCUGUGUCCGAGAACAUUGAUGCUCGCAAGCGUGCUGCUGCUCUCCGUCCUCGUACCAUCUCACAGCUCUUUGAGGAGUCUUUGGAUAUCUUCGGUCGUCCCAACAGGGCUUUCUACAAGUCUCUGUCUAAGUUUGCUGAGGAUCCCAAGGAGAAGGCUGAGUUAGCGUUGAUCGGCGACUCCGAUGAUACCAAGGGUCGUGAUAUGUACACCAAGCUCGCUGCUGAGACUGUGACCUUCGCUGAUGUUCUCAACAAGUACACCAGUGCUCGUCCUUCUCUUGAUCAGCUGAUCACUCUCAUUCCUUGCACCAAGCCUAGGCUCUAUUCCAUUGCUAGUUCCCCGAGGUUCGUUGGUCCUAAGGCCAUCGAGCUUGCUGUUGUGAUUGUUAACUGGACCACUCCAUCUGGUGCGAGGAGGACUGGUACUGCUACCGAUUACAUCCAGCGUAUCGUCCCCGGUCAAAAGACUACCGCUACUAUCACCUCUGGUAGCUUCAAGUUCCCUGAGAGCCCGAUGACACCUAUGAUCAUGGCUGGUCUUGGUACUGGUCUUGCUCCCUUCCGCGCCUUCUCUCAAGAGCGUGCUUGGAUGAAGCGUCAGGGCAUCGAGACUGGUCCCAUGUGGCUCUUCUAUGGUUGCCGUCAUCAGAACAAGGAUUACAUCUUUGGUAACGAGCUUGAGAGCUUCGUUGAGGAGGGUGCCAUCACUGAGCUUCAUCCCGCAUUCUCGCGUGACCAGAAGGAGAAGGUCUAUGUGCAGAACAAGAUCGAUGAUAACAGCUCUCGUAUCUAUGAGGAUCUCAUUAAGAAGGGUGGUUACUUCUAUCUUUGCGGACAGGCUGGUCAGGUUGAGAACGACAUCAGGAGUGCCGUCUAUCGUGCCAUCGCUAAGGGUGAGAACGUCUCCAUGGAGAAGGCUAAGGAGAUAUUCGAAGACCUUGCCGAGAAUGACCGUUAUUGCCCCGAGGUGUACUAA